AUGGCGCAAGGACCGGACGGCAACGGCUUCAGCUCCGUUGAAGGAGACGGCGAAAAUAAGCAUGGCACCGACAAGAUUCUCACAGUGGGCCUGAGCACAUGGCAGUCGGCCCAGACCAACUUGGUGCAUGAGCUGCGGUGUCUGGUGCGUGCCAGGGAUAUGGCCCUUGCCGAACAGCGAGCGCGAAACGUCAAAGAGUCAAUCCUUGUGCGGGAGCAGCAACGAACUUUGGCAACAAACGACCCUGUGCUUAUUGGGAAAACGGCGAAACUGCUUCGAGCUGCGGAUGAUGUCGCUGGCGAGCCAGCAAUCAACUCGCCUCGUUCCGUCUCCCCGGUCACGUCACGGCCCGCCUCUCCCAUCCUAACCGCCGCCAAUGAAAACACGGUUAAUCAUUCUCUGGAGGAUAGCACCUGCUGCGCACAAAGAAGCGAUGAGUUGUUAUCGGAACGUGACACAAUGGCAGGCACCUGUAAGCCUCCUGACACAGACAAUCUAACCGGUUCGAACAACGGCAACGGGACAACUCUCGCCUUCACCGGGUGUGGAGACGGAACCGGAAACGACAACAACUGGGCAUCUCGAAAGGGAUCUCCUCCAUCGCCAUCUACCAUUGCCGCCAAGAGCAAUGAGGAGAGCACCGUGAGGACGUGCUCACGAUGCAUUAAGCUGCAGCACGAUCUCGACAUGGCACUGACGGACCGGACCCUAGUCGAAGCGGAGCUCGUUUCUUUGCGGAGAGCAAGUUCACGGGUUGACACGGGAUGGGACGGUGACUCAGCUGGCUGUGCUGUCGAUCGGAAGGAACUCGGUGAUCUACUCAAGGGGGGACCGGGUGUAACUGUAAGGGUAGUCAACGAGGCUGAAGACAAUGCCCCGUCACCCUGCGAAGAGCUCGGCAACGAUGGCCGAGGUCUUGACAUUCACGUCGAAAUAGAGCGUUUGGAAAGCCUAAUGUCCCUCGCCGACCAGGGUGCGCCUCUUUCCGAUCUCGAUGCAAUAGCCGUGGACAGCGAAGGGCUGCAGAUGCAGGUGUGGCGUGUUUUGAAACUGCGAUCGAACAUGCUUCUUUCAGCAGCGCCACCAAAAACUCUUGUCUUGGCACGCCAGGAGUUCGUUCUGCACUCAGACGAAGACGAAGAUAGCAGGAGCAAACCGCCUGGCCUUGCCGCCUCGUUGUCGGCGACUAUCGCGAGACGCGCUCGCCAAUUCGAGGAACUGUCUCGGCGGCGCCUCUUGCGACUAGGAGCGGAGGCUGACCUUCGAGCAGCUCGUGUAAAGCUCGACAUGCUCUUGCCGACGGCAACGAUGCCGUCGCCUACCCCAGAUAUGGCGAACGGUGACAUAAAGGGUGGUUUAGAUAGCGGCACGGAGCGGCAAGGGGCCGGGGUAACGCCUCUACAGCAAGAUGGUAGUAUCCACGGUGACGUCAUCCAAGAAGAGACAGGGAGCGGAGCAGGUCAAGAUGGUGACACCAAACAAACUUCGAUAAAAGUCGGCGAGUUCUCACCAACGAACGCCGUUCCACCGAAAGGAGGUCAGGGUUCCUCGGCGAUCGGACGGGGAAGACGUGGUCGAGGACAAAGCAGUGGCGGUCAGCAGUCUGGGCGUGGUGCUGUAACUGACCGCGAAAAACUCAGCGAUCGAGCCCAUGGUGCUAGUGGCUCUUCCAAGCAGGCGCUCGGCUCUCGAACUGCCUAUGAAGGGACGACGACAACGCGUAAGGCAACACCACGAACGCAUGUCGAAGAUGGUCGCCAUCCUUCUCCAAAAGAUGCUGGACCCAAGGCCAGGCUCACGAAGGGCAGUGGUAGGAAGACAGGGGGGCCGACGAAUGACCGUCAAAAAACAGUUGUGAUAGAGAAGGAGAGCCAGGAGAAGCUGCGAAACUCUCCACCCCAGCCUGACACCAACAGGCCACACGAACGCGAUGAUGCGAGCAACGUCAACGCCACCGACAACGCGAAACCUUCGAGUGCUUCCUUAGUGGAGGGACAGCUGCUGGAGGAGGGAGAGACUUCUAAGAGCUCUCUCACCAAAGAUGGCAACCAAGCACCAGGAGGGGACGAAACGACAAUACGAGAGGCCGAAAGCUCUCUGACUGGCGGAAAGGGCUGCGCUAAGGCUGAUCCUACCGUGAAAAUCGUGGCGAAUGCUUCAGAACCGCCCCCACUCACUGUGGUCGCCGAGGCUAAGAGCGACAUUGGAGAUGGGAAAUCAGGGGCCAUCAUGCCAAUGAAACACGGACGAGCUAAAGGGACAACGAAACAAGAGCGCGGGAAAGCUGCACGCUCAUCGCCCAGCAAACUUACUAAGGGUACCAUCGUCCGAAAACCGCCGAACCGGUUAACCGGAGAGAGAGCUAAGACAAAAUAUGCUUCGACGGCUGAAUCGGCAACUCCAACGCGCAGCCUGACGGCCACGGAGGGACAACAAUUAUCCACGAAGACUGCAACCGAAGAUGCCACGGGCUCUCCGCUUCCGACGUCGGACCCAGUAGACCCAAGCAUUGCGGUAGAGGAGAUGGAGGAUUUGCAGAAACAGGCGGGGGGGACUGAAAAACACGGCGACUCGCUUUGUGGGACUCAGGAGGAGUCAAAUUACCUUGACACCACGCACAAAGCGGCCGGAGACGAGGGAGUGGAACAAGCUCCAAGGGCGAGAGGUCCCAUCGUGAACGAAGACGGCGUGGGCAUGCCGGCCACUGCGGCAUCAUCACGAAGGGAAUCCAUUUCCCAGGAGCAGCGAAAGCUUGCAGGGUCGGCCGAUGAGGGAGAGGCCGGAGACAACUUGGUCACAGAGGAUGGAGAUGGUACAAUAGAGGGAAAUUGUGGUGGUGCUGCUGUCGUUGUGUCGGAGGAAGCAGAUCCUGGCCGUACCGUCGGCGGUGCCGAUCUCCAUUUCCGGAGUGUUGCAGAUCUGGCCGAGGUGCUGCGAAUUGAGGUCGACAAGCUGAGGUUGGAAAAGGCAGAGCUUGAGGAUACUAUAGCUCAACUUAACGUGGCAGCCGCUCAGCUGUACCUCGUGGAGUAUGAGCAGAUGAAGGCGAAGUGCCGUCAGCUGAAAAGGGUUAUUUUUGGGCCCGCUUCUAGACCGGCCAACGCGGAAUCGGCGUACGGCCACUCCUGCCAGGAAGUAGUGCACCGAUUGAAGGUGAUUGGCGUUAAGUUCUUCCGACGAAGGAUUGGCGGCGUGAUGGGAGAGAAGUUUUUCCCGGACGGUCUGGCCAGGGCGUUAACACUCAUCGGUCGACCGCGCAUGACGCAGGGGUCGCAAACGGCGCCCGUAGAUCGACUUGGGCCACUCUCACGAAAAGGAGAUUCGCCAGAUUUACCCAGAAGCAGAGACGUUCACGUCCAGGUUGCCGGGGGUAUCGACGUGGAAGACGAACCUUUGAUGGAACAGCAGAGGAAGGAGCCCGAGAGGCCAGAGCCCUCCUUGCUUCAGCUGCAGCUCAGCACCACCCAGGCCAAGCUUGGGGAGUGUCUCGCCCGCCGAAUGUCCGACAACUUAUCGGUGGACGGGAGGGCGAUCAACCCAACGGACCUUCUCUUCACGGCUGCCGUAGUCCUUGACAGCGUGACAGCAGGAGCUUCUGGACCCACCCCGGAACCUACCGUCGCAUCAGCACCCACCCCAGAGAAAAAUCCUUCAGCUAAUGGUGGCAGCGAGAGCCGUCGACAGAGGUACUCGCCAGCAGAAAAGGCGCUUCUGAAGCUUGCAGAUGAAGUAGUCGCUGCGCUCGACGUGGAGCAGCGGCGAUCGGACGCUUCUGCCGAACGCCGACGCUUUGUGGCAGAUAGACAUAACAACUUCGGGGACAGCCGAACUCAAGCACUGGGGCGGCCACCGCUAGGAGUGCCUCCUCUGAUUUGGGCAAUGGAGAUCCACCUGGUGGGCAAGCUAGCAAGGGCAUUUAGGACCGCGGUUGAGGCGCGCGGAUUCGAGCGAGAGGUGGAAGACGCGAACUUGGUGGCGGCGGUCACGCUGGGACGAUCGUCGCCACCCUCAUCCAAAGGCGGGAAAAACGAUUCCGGUCCCCCCUGGCACCUGGAGCAUCGUAUGCUGUCCGUUCUUCGGGGAGAUGAGGACGAGGAAAAGGAGCGCCGACAACGGGCCCAGCGUGAAUUUGAAAACGACGAAAGUUGCACGAUGGUCAACAACCAACGGGAGCAGCAGCGGUUCGGAUGGGGCGCUGAUACCUAUUCCCCGCGCCGGAACCACCGUCCCAACACGGGCAACGGUGGGAUGGAUGAAGGCCAACCAAAUUAUGGCUCAUCCCCGACAACCUCGCCGAGGAGGAAAGAGGGCCUCGCACGAGGAGAGCAGUCUAGACCUGACUCGACAAAAGGUCGAAACGGUGUCCGAGACGGUCGUCACGCCUCCACCUUCAAUCGGCCCGGGACCAUGGCGCGUGGCUCUACCUUUGAAUCCAGAGCUAGGCAGCAGUAUAGCAGCAGCAGGACCGUCGACGGGAACGCUCGAUGUCUCCAGAACCAAGAGCAGCGUGAGCAGCAGCGACAAGACUCGGCGGCGGUUGCUCGCGUUGAGGCCGCAGUUUUCGACACUGUCAGGCCGUCCCGUCUGCACCCCAGGCCAGGCUCGGCAUCGUUCGAGGGCCGUAGUGGCCGGGUCGGGUUCUACGAAGGGUGCAGCGCCUUGGCGGCGACUGAACGCCUCCGUCCCCAAAGUGCGCGCCUACCCGAAGCGCAUGACAAGUUUUUAGGUGAAAGAGGAAGAACCACCGUUGGUGGCCACACGGGGGCUUCCCACGCCACGCCUUCGGAUGCUCAUUGCAGCGCGCGGCGGGCGUUCGAAGGCAACUCGACAUCAGGACCAAACGGGGAGGAGCGGCCGGUACGCACGACGAUGACCACCGUCGCUCUCACCGCGAACACCACGGCCCGCCGUCCUUGCAGUGCUGGCGGUCGCGUUGUCGACACACGCACCUGGUCUUCAAACAGCAAUGUGGUCGAAGCAGGCACCGGCGUGUUUCGCUGCCGUCCAAACAAGACGACUCGUGCGGCUGUUCGGUUUGGAGCCUCUGCCACUGAAGGUGGCGUGCCAUCUUCGCAGCUCGUUCCGACGCAUCCUGGGGCAGUCCCCCGAUUCCUACUCCGGAAAGAACGGGAGUUGUUGGAGUCCCACCGGCAGAAGCAAGCGGCGGUGAAUGGGCGAUUUGAGGUCGUCCCCGACCAGGCCGACGAUAUCGGUGGUUGUGGCGACGAGGGUGUUUCCGGUCAUGCUGUUCGGGGCUGGGGGGGUGAUAUUGAAUCAGAUAGACGAGAUAUGAGUGCAUCGGAGAUUAGUGAUCGGUGGGGUAGAGAGGUAGGCGACACGCUUGAGCAAGGGGGUGACGGUGGUAGCGGCGCCUACGGCGGCAGGGUACUGUUGUCUUCCGUGAGGCUGGACGAUUCUAUGGACGGGGAAGGAUUGUUGCCGGAUGCUGGCGAGCAAGCUUUCUUUGACGCUUGGAAGCCGACGGGGUACGAUAUCGACCUCAGUCGGUACGACUGA